AGUCACUCUAAUAUUGUCGGACUAUAUCAGCAGAUUAAGAGAAAGACACAGGGCUACUGAAGAGGCUAUAGACAAGAGAUUGUCAGGGAAUAGUUGAGAAGCGUUAGAAACUACAAUGGCAUCUAAAUUCUAUGCUGAAGUAUCUACUACACUUGAGUAUGAGCUGACUGAUGAAGAGCAUGAUGAAAUGUCCUCUUACAUAGAGAAAGGCUUUCGUGACUCAUUAAGAAAGUUUCUGGAGGGAAUAGCGACAAAGAAAGUAGCCACCAAUGGAGAGAAGGUCAUUCUGAGUCCAAAGACUCUCAAUCCUGACCCUAGCAGUCAACGUAGGGCUCCACUGGCAAUGGCAGCAAUGGAAGGAAGGAUUGGAAUACUACAACUGUUCCUUGAUGUAUUCAAGGAGAUUAUUGAAAUCGAUCACGGGAGCUUCAUGACUUACCCUGACCUCGAUCACUUUGGCCACAAGCAAGUUCUUGGCUUCAAGACAAGGAGUCUCACAGCCCUCAAUGCUGCUUGCGUGGGCGGCUUUACAGAAAUGGCAAGGGUCCUACUAGAAAUGGGAGCUGAUCCUAACAUAGGGGAUUACUUUGGGUACACUCCGUUGUGCAACGCAGCCCGAUAUGGCCGUGCAGAAACAGUUGAGCUACUACUAAGGCAAGGAGUGGAUCCAGGAGUGAAGACUCAUGCUGGACACACUGCCAUUCAUUUAGCAGCACUGCACGGACAGGCUGAGGUUGUAAAAGUAAUGAUUUCUAAAAAUGCUGAUCUUUUAUUCCCAAAGAGUAGUAGUCCUUCUGAGUCCUCUGUCCCUUGCCCUCUCUUCCUAGCUGCUGCUAACGGCUGGCAACCUGUUGUAGACCUCUUUGUAUCUCAUGCUGCUUGCCCCAGAUUCUGUAAGAUAGAUGCCAAGCUUCUCCUUGGGGCAGCCUCAAGAAUGUUUUGGACGAAAAUCAAAGAAGACAGCAUGAAAGGAGUGAUAGAUCUCUGGAUAGAAGCAAGGGUCAUUAAAGAUGGCAGGAAGGAAGAGAACGAGAGCUCGUUGGUUUACAAAGGAAGGCAAGAGCUAACAACUGAGGCUGAUCUAAAGAGUUUGCUGGAGCACCCAAACGUUGAGGAAGAGUCCCUCUAUCAGUGUCUACUGAUACACGAGAGAUGCAUGGGCUCUUCUAACAGCUACAACUGGGUAUUCCUGGCAGGGAUGAAGAUGUACCAGCGCAAGCACUACAGUGAGGCGGAGGAGCUGUGGAAGAGAGCAAUGGGGCUCCAUUACGAGAUAGCUACACAGAACGUGGGUCUCAAAUACUGGCAGCACGACCUCAAGGGAACAAUGGAGUACAUGAUACAGUUUGGAUCAGCCAUCGAGGGAAUGGUUAAGAAUGGCUACCAACCAAUGUGGGAGGAAUAUGUCGAUUAUGCACUACAGCAACUCAAGAUGGGCAUAUUGACUUCACUGCACACAAAUAUAUUAGAUGCAUCUACAGGCAUACUUAAAGUCUACUACGCCUUAUUGCAGAUAUUCUCCUGUUGGAUAUCAAAGGAAUGCAGCAGGUCUUAUGUGCUCUCCUCCUCUACGGUCCCACUGAAGUGCUCCGACUCACUCAACAGAGCUGGACAAACUUUUGUAGACACAGCGAGUGUCCUCACACAGAGCAAUCUCCUCCACCUUGCCAUAUAUCCUUCAGCUAGUCUCAGGAUAAGAUGGCAGACGUCGUCACGUCUCCCUCUUCUCAUCCAGGCUCUGCUCAACUGGGGCGCCAUCAAUUCCAUUGAUGAGCUUGAUCAUCACGGCAACAGACCCAUCCAUGUUGCUGUGAGACUACCGGACAAGGAGAGUCGAGAAGCAAUAGUUUCCGUUCUGGUUCAAAACGGCGUUCACUCCGAUGCGCUCAAUAAAGAUGGGAAGACCCCAAGGCAAGUAUUUGGAGUAUCUUAUCCACAGCAGUCUCUACCACAUAUCACUGACACACCGUCAAGACUUAAGUGUCUCUCGGCCAGUGCUCUUAUUAAUGGAGGGGUUCCUUAUAAUGUGGAAGAUGUGUCGGGACAGCUCCUUAAGUUCAUUCAAUUGCACGAUUUGAAGUACAUACAAAGCCUAACAGUCCAGCAAUGGAUAACUCUGCCUCGGUUUUAGAACCUUUUGGGGUUUUGAAAUGACUUAUUUAAUUACUGGAGUCCAUUAUUAAAUAAUUAGAACUUUAUCUAAAUUUCACACACUCUA